AUGGAUUCGUCUUCCAAGGCCGCUACCCUUUCUCUUGCUCUUGUGCUUGUUUUCCUUGGGAGUUCGUCGGCUCAACUGUCCACAGACUUCUACUCUUCGUCUUGCCCGAACCUUUUUAGCACCGUGAAACCUGUUGUGCGGUCGGCGAUCGCUGGUGAGAGGCGCUUAGGGGCGUCGGUGGUCCGCCUGUUCUUCCACGACUGUUUUGUCAACGUAAUCAGUUGUUCUUCGUCUUCCAUUUCUCUGCUUUCACUCGUACGUGUCCCGAAAGACCCUAUUCUUACCGUUUAAUCUGCAGGGCUGCGACGGAUCGCUCCUUCUAGACGAUACUUCGAGCUUCACCGGGGAGAAGAACGCGAGGCCUAACGUAAACUCAGUCAGAGGAUUCGAAGUAAUUGACAGCAUUAAGACACGAGUAGAGAAGGUGUGCCCCGGGGUAGUCUCCUGCGCCGACAUCUUGGCCAUUGCCGCCAGAGACUCAGUGGAGAUCGUAAGUCCGCUACGGCUCCCUCAACCAUUGCGGUCUUUAUGCUCCUCUCCGGCUGACUGCUGACCAUACGCUGUGCAGUUGGGAGGUCCCAGUUGGCACGUGAAACUGGGAAGACGGGACUCGAGGAGGGCGAGCCAGUCCGAUGCUAAUAGGAAUAUUCCCCCUCCCACUUCCAACCUCACAACCCUUAUCUCUAGUUUCCGAUCCAAGGGACUCUCGGUUAGAGAGCUGGUAGCACUGUCAGGUAUCCUAAUUUCUUUCUUCUUCAAGUCCGUUCGAAUAACUUGUCUGACAAACUUUGCCAUCAUAAGCAUACGUAGUUUAAAGGCUUUUCUUGCGCUGUAUGAUGCUAGUGGUUUGCCUCACGCCCGUUCUCUGGGAAUGAUCCCCCCUGGAUCACAGGGUCUCACACCAUCGGGCAAGCGCGGUGUACUACCUUCCGGAAUCGCAUAUACAACGAGACCAACAUCGACAGGGCCUUCGCGAGGCAGAAGAGGGGGAACUGCGGGAGAACCUCUGGCGACAACAACCUGGCUCCGUUAGACCUGCAGACCCCCAACGGCUUCGAUAACAACUACUUCAAGAACCUGAUCAAGCAGAAGGGCCUCCUCCACUCCGACCAGGAGCUGUUCAACGGCGGCUCCACCGACUCGCUGGUCCAGAACUACGUCAAGAAUCCCCACGCAUUUGAAUCCGACUUUGCAGCCGCCAUGAUUAAGAUGGGUGAUAUCAGUCCCCUCACGGGCUCGAGAGGGGAGAUCAGGAAGAACUGCAGGAGGAUCAACUAA